UAUAAACUCUUUCAAUACAUCAACACUUGGGAAUAUAAUGGCAAUUGCAGCUUUUCUAAAACUUUCAUCUAUGUAGCAUGAGAAUGAAUAUAGCUAAUGGAGUGCACUUGUAUUUACUUUGUAGUUUGUAUUUAUCAGGAUAUCUCAGCUUGUGGUCUUAUUGAGCCCUCCUCUUAUUAAAAACAGAAAACAAAAUGAAUACAUAUGUAUGUAUUUCAGUUUAUGGAUCCAGAACGGGGAUUAUGGUUUCACACAGGGAAUCUCCUACGAAGAGACAACCCUUUCUGAAAUAAUACCAUCAGGUUGGACACUCCUAUUGAAGAAAAGGUAUGUCUCCAUGUUCUUCCUAUCCUCCAUCCCCGUCCGAACAAAGCCCAUCUCUGCUAUGACCAGAGAAAUCCACGCACCUACAAGAAAUUCCUCCACCCAUGUCCAGAUAAAGCCCAUCUCUACUUAUUUCUAAUGCUAUAUUAUGUGUAAUGAGUAAAUGUCUACUUUGUGGAUUAACAUCCUCCCAAAAAUCCUGUCGGGUCGAGGUAUGUGAGGCUCUUGGUUUGGGAGAUUCCACCUUUUGGACCAAGUAAAUGUCACGUACUUGGUGGAUUUACCCAUUAAAGAGUAAAUGGGUGAGUAAAAAAUAUAUUUCCUCCGGUCCUAAAUAAACUUCACACAAAUUAAGGAAAUAAAUUUGAAUUUGUUGUAGAGUACACUGUUGUGACACUGUUUGACACUGUUUUGCACUGUUUUGGUGUAGAUAAUUUGUCAAAUAAGAAAAUGAGAAGAAGUAUUAAGUUUAUUUUGGACCUACCCAAAAAGGAAAGUGUGAAGUUUAUUCACACUUGAGUAAAAAAACUAGUUAUAAAAUUAAAACAUUUGAGAUUCUCAUGUUUUUUUGAAAGGCUUCUCAUGUUGUUUAAUGCCUUCAACCAAGAACAAAUCCUUUCUGAAGCACUAGUUGGAAUUCCUUCCUCACCGAACUUACUUGCUUCCCCAAGUCGCAGCAAUCAAUCGUCUUCGGAACACAUCUGCGCAGCCCCAUAUGGCCAGACGGGCGUUAGCCUCCUGCCUGUCUCGUGCUCUGUCAUCGCCGUCAAUUGCUUCUCGCCUUCGCUUCGUCGUCCCUGUUCUUCUUAAUCACAAUCUUCAGCUUCAGGCCCAGCAGUUAGGCCAGACCCGCUUCAAGACAUCCGGGUCCGGUUAUUCUCCCUUGAAUGACCCAUCACCGAACUGGACCAACCGCCCCCCUAAAGAGACGAUUCUACUGGACGGAUGCGACUACGAACAUUGGCUAAUAGUUCUGGAGUUCCCCGACCCGAAACCGUCCGAGGAAGAGAUGGUCAAUAGUUAUGUUAAAACCCUAGCUUCUGUUGUUGGGAGUGAAGAGGAGGCCAAGAAAAAGAUUUACUCUGUUUGUACAACAACUUACACUGGCUUUGGCGCUUUGAUUUCUGAAGAGCUAUCAUACAAAGUGAAAGGACUACCUGGUGUCUUGUGGGUCUUGCCAGAUUCAUAUCUUGAUGUUCCUAAUAAGGAUUAUGGAGGAGACCUAUUUGUGGAUGGAAAAGUCAUUCAUCGGCCACAGUACAGAUUCACAGAGAGGCAAAGCAAUAACCGGCCUCGACCAAGGUAUGAUAGGCGUCGAGAAACAGUGCAGGUCAAUAGGAGGGCAGAACCUGUACAAGGAAAUAAUACGUGGGCAUCCAACCAGCAAGCUCCUGCGCAGCAUUCGACACCUGUGAAUGAGCUAAGUGGUGGACAAUCCAGCGGUUCCAGCCCGAUUCAAGGUCAAUCUCAUGGGAGUAAUGCCUGAAAUUAUGUACGUUCUGUUUUUAUUAUUUGCUCAAAAACCAAAGACUAAAACCUUUUUUGCUCCUCUUAUAUAUUGGCAUUUAUGUUUCUUAAAAUACGGUAACUAGUGACCUCAACUUCCUUGUUGGCAUUACCAAUUUAUAUUUAUUUAGCUGUUAACUUCCUGUAAGACAUACCCUGUCAAUCUGUCAUUUGAAUAUCCCUUUCCGAUAUCCUGUAACCGAACAGGGUGGCUUUUUUAAUCAGGAAAAUAGGGUUUUCCCCUUGAGGGACACAUUCCCUUAAAUUAAGGGCCUUAAUGUUUAUGGACCAGUCAUUGCAUAUAUGUUUACAUUGGCA